AUGGGCAUCAAGGGACGCCGAAAAAAGCUGCGCCAACGUGAGGAGCUGGCACGGCAGCAGCAAGCGCAGGGGUGCGGCAGUGUGGACGACGACGAGGCUGAGGGCGUCGGCGACGGUCUUGCUAGCAGGGUCGUUGCGAUGGGCGACGGCCCCUUUCGCCUCCCUGUGGAUGCCAUGGGCCAGCUGAAGAUGAAGAAGAGUGACUUUUUCCGAAUGCAAGACAUGGAGGUGCUGGAGCAGAUGCAGGAGGAGCAUCAGUGCCGUCGGAAGCAGUCGCAGUUCGGGGCGCUGGUGGCCGGUGGCGGCAGCGCCAGUCGCAAGCGGCGCCGCGGCGCUGCGGAAGACUCCGUGGUGGAUGUUGCGGAAGAAGUGGAGAAGAGCUACCUCGGGCACCAAUAUGCGCACGAAGAUCUGUUCGAGGACCCGAAGGGCGCCACAUCCGGCCAUCAGUCGACGACGCUAUCCUCCGCAACAGCUGGCGCACCAGGCGACAGAGGUUCAGCUCAGACACGCAAGGGAAGGGACGCAUCUUCGAAGGCUGAAGUGCUCGACAAUCAGGAGGAGGAACAGGUGGAUCUUAUCCAGCAGCGGCGCAAGGCCGCCCACGGCGCCGCCUUCUGCCAUCCACUGAUCGGCCUCGACCCUGUUGUCGUCGAUGCCCUGCAGAAAAAUGGCUUCCACCGCAUGACCCGCAUCCAGGAGCGCAGCAUCCCGUACGCGCUGGAGGGCUACGACCUUCUCGGUCAGGCGCGUACCGGCUCUGGCAAAACUCUCGCCUUCUGCGUACCGCUUCUCCACCUAGCCAAGAACACGGCAAACAAAUACCCACACGCCACUGUAGGGCUGCUGCUGGCCCCCACCAAAGAGCUGUGCGUGCAGACGCACUCGGUUCUGUCGACGUUGUGUAAGCACAUUGCAGCCGUGCCGGUCACCGCUGGUGGGGCUCAGUUUCACGUGCAGCUCAUUACGGGUGGCACGAAGGUCAGCGAGGAGCGCCGGCGUCUCAUGUCGGGGAUGGCGUCCAUCGUCGUUGGCACACCUGGCCGAAUCCAUGAUCACGUUCUCCAUUGCAAGGGGUGGGACUUGUCGCGACUGCGCCUUCUCGUGCUGGAUGAGGCGGACCGCAUGCUGGCUGACGGCUUCCAGCGCGACCUCGACGCCGUCAUCACACGCAUCCCGAAGGGGCGGCAGACGUUCUUGUUCUCGGCCACCAACUCCAAGUCGGUGCAUGAGCUUGCCCGCCUCUCCCUCUCGCGUCUUCCGCUCUUCGUUGGCACCGCUGGCGAUGCCCCUUCUGUGGUGGACAUGGGCGACGCUGAGACAGCAGAGGCAAGCGCGAGCAUGGCACCCUACCGCGUGUAUCACGACCCCGACGAGGACGGCGAAGAAGUGGAGGACAAGGAGCACGGGCGCAAGGAUGAGGGCGAUACCGAUCCCUGCAGCGAGGACGCCGCCGGAGAAGCGGACGCGAUUCCAUCGACGCUGCGCCAAUUCGGUUACAUUGUGCCGUCGCAAGACCGCCUGCGUGCGCUGUACACCUUUGUGAAGCAGGUGGCGCGCCGUGCGAAGGCAAUGGUCUUCUGCUCCACCGUCGCGAGUGCCAUCUUUCACUGCCAGAUGAUGGGCUCCGUUGGGUUCCACGAUGACACUGUGAUGCUGCACGGCCACAUGAAGCACCGCCAGCGUGUGCAGACGUUUCAAAUGUUCACCGAGUGGAAGACAGGGGUGCUAUUCUGCACCGAUGUCGCAGCGCGUGGUCUGGACAUCCCGCACGUGUCGUGGAUUCUCCAGUACGACCCGCCUUUGGAUCCGACGGAGUAUAUCCACCGCAUCGGACGCACGGCGCGCGCCGGCACUGUGGGUAGCUCGCUUCUCUUUCUCACGCCCGAAGAGGCGCCGUUUGUGCGCUACCUCGCCAACUACGGCAUCCACAUGGAGAAGUAUCCCAUGCCAGAGAAACUGCCACGCAUCCAGGAAAAGCUGGAGCACGUGCUGCAGCUGGACGAGGUGGUCGCCAAGAGCGCUGUGACGGCGUUUCGCGCACACGUUGGUGCCUAUCAGAGCCAUAUCCUAAAGGAAACCUUCGAUGUGCACCGGCUGGACCUCGAAGCGUUGUCCAAGGCAUUCGCGCUGACUGCGGUGCCGCAUGUGACGCUGCCUCGUAACACGGAGGAGGAGAAGCGGAAGGAGUACAUCAAAGGUCGGCUCAAGUCGCUGAACCGGCGCCGCUUGGACGCGCUGCGCCACUACGAGGCCAACAAGACGCGUCCACAAUGGGAAAACGGGACUUUCGUUGGUGUCUCACGUCCUUUCAUGAACUGA